CCUGGUCGUGAUGCGAAGGGUGCUGCUCUGGCUCUGUUCACCGCUCGUCUCCACCGCCCUGACGUCACUACCCAUAAGGCUGUGCUGCAGGCUAUCAUCUUUCAGCUGGACAAAGCCAUUGAGAGUGUUGACACCCAGAGAGAUGGCUUGAUAUUCAUCUAUGACAUGACCAACUCCAGCUAUGGGAACUUUGACUAUGAGCUCUGUGUGAAGAUCCUCGACCUCCUCAAGGGUGCGUUCCCAGCGCGUCUGAAGUGUGUGUUCAUCGUGUCGUCUCCUCUCUGGUUCCGAGCUCCCUUCACCGUCCUCAGACUCUUCGUACGUGAGAAGCUGAGAGAGAGGGUGUGUACAGUGAAGGCCCACGAGCUGUCCAAUCACAUCCCAGUCUCUUCUCUUCCGGAGCACCUGGACGGAACCUCCCAGUACAGCCACGUUGCCUGGAUACAGUCCUGUGUCAAAACACACACCGCCCCGGGCGAGACACACACACACCCGCACGACACGCACGACUGCGUGGGCAGCCUGUUGCGCUCCUACAGCCUCGAGCCCCACAACGCUAGCGCCGCCGCUACGUUAGCCGCUACGCGAACCUCCACAGGCUCCCACUCAGAUUCACCGCUACUGUUAGCCUCCGAGCUAGCGUUAGCCGCUACGGCUAACUCCAACUGCUACGACGAUAGUAAUGCUAACCCACACAUCCACUGUGGUGCAGUGAAUGGCAGGACUCGAGGCCAGGUCCAGAGCAGCCCCCAGCGCUCUGGGCCACAGACGAACCACCAACACUGGAACGGCUCUGCCGGUAGUGGGGGCGUUAGGGCAGGGUUGGAGGUUAAUAACGUUGGGGGGGUGGUGAGGUCUGGGGUUGUUAGUGGCGCUAGCCCCAAUGCUAACGGCGUGAAUGGCCGCCAGCCCCCGCCCCAGUCGGACACGCCCCCAGACACACCCCUCCACCCCAAAGUAGUAGGAGCAAUGAUGAGUGACAGGUCAGAAGCGCCCGACCACGGAACACCGAACGAGGAAGCGAGGGAAGGAGAGGAGGAGGAGGAGGAGGAGGAGGAGGAGGAGGAUGAGGUAGAAGGGGUUCCUCCUCUCCCCCAGAAGUCUCUCCCCCGCGCCCCUCACCCCCCGGCAUCCCAGUGCCCCCACCUCUCGUCAGAGCCAGAUGAGGACCCUUGUCCCCAGGAAGAGGUGUCUGUACACAUGCCUGAUGGGGUAGGGAUGAGCGUGAUGGAGCUGGUGGAGCACGUGAAGAGGAGCAAGAAGAAAGGAAUCUACCAGGAGUAUGAAGAGAUACGCAGGGAGCCUCCUACUGGUAGCUUUGACUACAGCAAGAAGCUGUCCAAUCAGAUCAAGAACAGGUACAGUGAUGUCCUCUGUCUGGACCAAUCACGUGUGAGACUCUGCCAGCUCUGUGAUGACAACGACGAGACGUCGGACUACAUCAAUGCCAGUUUUAUGGACGGGUACAAGAGGAGCAACGCUUACAUCGCUACUCAGGGUCCUCUGCCGAAGACGUUUGGCGAUUUCUGGCGCAUGGUGUGGGAACAGAUGGUCCUGAUAGUUGUCAUGACUACCAGGGUGGUGGAACGUGGGAGAGUGAAGUGUGGUCAGUACUGGCCAAUAGAGGAGGGGAGAACAGAGCAGCAUGGACUCUUCCUGGUUAGGAACACACUCAUCCAGCUAUACCAGGACUUCAGACUGUCUCACCUCGAACUACACAACAGACAGACAGGUGAGACGAGGGAGGUAUCCCACUACCUGUAUGUCAGCUGGCCAGACUUCGGUGUGCCCAAGUGUGCGUUGGCCAUGUUGGAUUUCCGUGAGCACGUGCAGCAGCGGCAGGAGGCGGCGCAGAAGAGUCUGGGAGCUGAGUGGGCGGGACCUCCAGGCGGCCCCCCGCUGGUCGUACACUGCAGCGCAGGCAUCGGACGCACAGGUACGUUCUGUACCCUGGACAUCUGUCUGUCCAGGCUGGAGGACAUUGGGACGGUGGAUGUGUGUGAGACAGUGAGAAGGAUGAGGACCCAGAGAGCCUUCAGUAUACAGACCUGGGAUCAGUAUUAUUUCUGCUACACGGCUGUCAUCGAGUACGCACAGCGACGCGGCAAACUGACCCCAGUACAGUGGUCCGAUUCAGACCUAGAGACAGACAGCGAGUGACGGGACAGAGGAGGGCGGUG